AUGCCACCGAGACGAGGACGUGGGCGUGGACGUGGACGUGAACGUGGGGCAGGCCGAGGCCCACGAGUGGAAAGUACUGUGGAAGAAAGAUCCGAGGGAAGUAUCGGAGGUCAACCCCCGCCUCCACCGCCACCUCCACUACAACCUCAUGAUAAGGAAUACAUUAAGACGUUCCGCAAAGAGAAACCCCCAAAGUUUGAUGGGUUAGGAGAGCCACAGAAGGCAGAGGCCUGGAUCCGCGAGAUCGAGCGCAUCUUUGAGUUCAUGGUGUGCACGGACAGGGAGCGUCUGGCAUGCGUGACUUAUCAACUGACUAAGCCAGCAGAUCGUUGGUGGGAGACUAGACGAAGAACAGUGGACCCCGCCUGCCGAGAGGCUUUGACUUGGGAUGAGUUCAAGGAAGAGAUAUAUAAUAAGUACGUCCCUAUGAGCUACCGACGAGCCAAGACGGCAGAGUUCCACACUUUGAAGCAGGGAAAUAUGACAGUGUCGGAAUAUGACCGCGCACUUUGUGAGAUGACUCGUUAUGCACCUGAGUUGGUGGACACGGAUGAGAAGAUGGCCGCGAAGUUUCACUCUGGCCUUAGGACUGAGAUAAGAGUGGCCGUGGCUAGCUGA